AUGUCGGUGGAGUUCCAAUCAUGCGCGAAGAAGAAGGCUGGCACCGAUGUUGAUCGAGGUGCAGUAUUCUCUGCUGUUGCAUUGGAGUGUCGCCCUAAGACCCACCGGUCCUCGUCCCCCCUGGGGAGCUCGCUGGCCAGCACCGCACAGGACCCACCGGUCCUCCUCCCCCCUGGGGAGCUCGCUGGCCAGCACCGCACAGGACCCACCGGUCCUCCUCCCCCCUGGGGAGCUCGCUGGCCAGCACCGCACAGGACCCACCGGUCCUCCUCCCCCCUGGGGAGCUCGCUGGCCAGCACCGCACAGGACCCACCGGGCCUCCUCCCCCCUGGUGAGCUCGCUGGCCAGCACCGCACAGGACCCACCGGUCCUCCUCCCCCCUGGGGAGCUCGCUGGCCAGCACCGCACAGGACCCACCGGGCCUCCUCCCCCCUGGUGAGCUCGCUGGCCAGCACCGCACAGGACCCACCGGUCCUCCUCCCCCCUGGGGAGCUCGCUGGCCAGCACCGCACAGGACCCACCGGUCCUCCUCCCCCCUGGGGAGCUCGCUGGCCAGCACCGCACAGGACCCACCGGUCCUCCUCCCCCCUGGGGAGCUCGCUGGCCAGCACCGCACAGGACCCACAGGUCCUUCUCCUGGUCGCGCAGCCAUCCAGUGCAAGCCGCGGGUCAACUUGGCGCAUGAACCGCUCAUGGCGCGACGGCGAUGAGUACUCACCCCUCGCGGCUCCCUCCCAAGGAAACUCCGGCGAAUUCUCGGAACCAGCGGCGGACAGUUCCGCCGUUUACAUCGUUCGCCUGAGCACCGCGCCUCCCCUCUCCGAAUACCGCGGCGGAAUCGCGGGCUACCCCGCCACUGCCACGUGGGACGACAGCAGCGACGACGAGGGCGACGGCGAGGCCUUGCCGCAGAUGAUUCUCCCUGCCGGCGAUUCCGCCGCUGCUGCAGGCGGCGAGUCCGUCGAUCUGGACGACACCGACGGCGACCAGCUCUUCCCCAACGCAACUGCGCCCGCCGCAUCUCACGCCGCCGCCACUCCCAGCGCUCGCGGCGGUCGUGGCGGUAACGGCAACGGUAGCGGCGGUCGUAACGGGGGCGGAAAGGGCAACGGCGGCGGAGGGUGCCCGAGGCACCGGCUGAGUCUGAGCAUGGACCGGCCCCAGGUGGCUGCGUUCGCGGGGCUGCUGCAGCGGCAGCAGGCGCAGGUGGCAUCUGAGGCGGGCGUACCCGAGGACGGGCUGCUCUACAGCUACAAGCACACGUCCAACGGCUUCGCCGCGCGCCUCACGUCGCGCCAGGCGUGGUGGCUGAAGCGCCACCCCGCCGUGGCGUCUGUGCGCGCCAGCCGCGUGUUCCGCCGGCAGACCAGCGACUCGCCGCAGUUCCUAGGGCUCCCCGGGAAGGUGUGGCCGGCAGUGGGCGGGCAGAGCAAGGCGGGCGAGGGCACGGUGGUGGGGAUCGUGGACACGGGUAUCUGGCCCGAACACCCGUCCUUCAGCGAUAAGGGCCUCUCCUCGCAGCUGCCCGCGGGGUGGAAGGGCAAGUGCGAGCAGUCGAGCUCGUUCCGGUGCAACAACAAGGUGAUCGGCGCCAAGGCCUUCUAUGCCGGCUUCCAGCAGAGCAGCGGCAAGCCCGUGUUGACCAAAGACUGGCUCUCGCCGCGAGAUGCGGACGGGCAUGGCACGUGGUGCGCGGGGGCAGCCGCGGGGAACCCCGUGAAGGUGCAGGGCGGCGGGCAGGUGAGCGGCAUGGCGCCGGCAGCGCGCAUUGCGGCGUACAAGGUCUUCUGGACGGACAGCAACGGGGACAUGUACGCCACAGAAUCGGAUAUCAUCGCAGCCGUCAAUCAGGGAGUCGCGGACGGUGUGGAUGUGCUGUCUCUAUCUCUGGGGGGCGUGAAUCCCAACGACAACUAUUUCAACGAUCUCGCUUUCAUGCGCGCCAAUGCUGCCGGGGUGUUUGUCGCUUUUGCUGCCGGCAACGCCGGGCCUCCCGGUCGUGGCAGGUUCUACCGCACGCUUGACAACUUCGCCCCUUUCUAUCUCACCGUUGGCGCCAGCACCAUUGCCCGAGGCGGCGCGUCCCUUGCCUCCUCAACUGCCGGCGCACAGUCGCUCUCUCUUGGUGCCACCAGCAGCGGCAAUGGCACCGACGGCAGCACAGGCGGCAACUUCAAUGGCAACAGCACAGACGGCACAGACGGCAGCAGCACCGUUCUGACUGCUGACGGCGGGAUCACCUUCGCCACUGCAUCCUCCUCUGCCCCCAUGGUGGCUGACUUCUCUUCCCGCGGCCCCCUGCUGCAGCCCUCCGCCACGGCCCAGCCCCCCAUGCCAGGCAACGCCAUCCUGAAGCCCGACAUCAUCGGCCCGGGAGUGGACCUCAUAGCCGCUGCUCCCGGGAGGAGGCCCGGGGAGCAAGGAGCUCUCGCCCGCAUGUCGGGUACUUCCAUGGCCACCCCGCAUUUAGCCGGGCUAGCCGCUUUAAUCAUCCAGAAGUACCCCAACUGGACCCCGGCGCAAGUGAUGUCAGCGAUGAUGACGACGGCGCGGGUGACGGACACGAGCAAGAGCGCGAUCAAGAGUGCGACGGGCGGGGAGGCCACCCCGUGGGAGAUGGGCGCAGGCCACGUGUUCCCCCCAGCCAUGCUUGACCCUGGCCUCACAUACGACGCCCGCGACCGCGACUACCAGAAUUUCCUCGCCGGGCAGGACCUGAACCGCGCGAAAAAGGAGUUCCCAGGGGUGGCGCUCUCCCCUCUGGCCGUGCGCAACCUCAACCUGCCCACCAUCACUCUGCCUCGCCUGCAGGGCUCCCUGCAGGUCACACGCACCGUCACCAACGUGGGGCAGUCCCAGUCCACAUACAGUGUAUCUGGGAAGGCCCCGCAGGGGGUGAAGGUGGGUGUGUCGACUAAGAGCCUCACGCUUGCUCCCGGGCAGAAGGGGACCUACACGCUGACGUUCACUGUGGAUACACCCAGUAAUGACUUCAAGUACGGGUAUAUCGUCUGGGCCGACGACCAGGGUCACAGGGUGCGGUCCCCCCUUGUGGUGCAGCCAAUCUCCCGCUGA